AUGAGUAGCAAUGGCCAGCGCAGCUUCUUGCCGAGCCUGAAGCUUGGUCCAAGAACGGUGAAUGCGGUGAACGCGGCGAGCUCGGGGAAACAGCCGCGCACGGCGAGGGCAAUCUUGCAGGACCCUGCCAACAAGGAAGAGCCUGGAUCCAGGGUUUCCCUGCCUGCGAAUCCACACAGCGCGCGUGUGCACAAAGCUGCGGAGCCAAAUGAGACUCAGCCAGAAGAGGCUGAUAGCUUGGAUGCCGGCGUCUUCAAUGUCAGCACGUCGACUGUUGCAAGCUGUCCUGCUCUGCAGAUCACUGCGCAAGAGCUGGGCACGUCUGCAGCCUGGCUAAUGCCGGGGGACGUCAUCCGGAAUCAGCGCCUGAAGAAUCAGCUGUCGCAGCUGCGGCUGAGUGACUUCUUCAAUUGCCAUGGUGGACCCCAUUUUAAGAGGUUGAGUAUCAGCUUUGCGGCUAAGCAGAAUGCGCAAGUGGGCUCGACUUUUGGAUCUACCUCCAACCUUCACCAAGAUGCGGAGCUCCGAGAACUGCAAGGCAGUACAUUCAGUACAUCCUCAAGCGACCUGCACCAGGGCCGCAUGGGGCACAAGGCACUCAUUGAGGAGGAAAAGGACAUGCUUGGCAGCUCCAAAGCUUUCUUGGCAGCCUCCGAGGCACGGGCCAGGGAUUUCUUGAUCACGCAGCAAAAGGCCGAGCUGCUCUUGCUCCAGGUGCGUGAUGACGAGCGCCUUCGAACUGCUGAGGUGGAUGAGCGCCGCCUGGGGAUCCUUUUCUGCGAGAUCCCCAACUUCGAGGCGAUGCUGCCGAAGGCUGUGGACAUCAAGAACCUGGUCCCUCCAGACCUCGUUGAGGAGCAAGAACAGGCUGAAAAGCAGUCCAUCGAGCGGCAGAACAGCUUCCUGUCUGAUAACAACUUCAUUGAAGGCUCUCAGAUGUGCUGGCUUUUCACACAUGCAGAGGUGCUGACCAUGUCGCGAUGUAUGCACAGAUGGUGUUUGUCUACGGGUGGGUCCAACACCAUGGGCCACAUGGGCAUGGACCGGCCCACGUUCUGCCGCCUGAUCCUCGAAUUGGAACUUGUGGAUCAGGUGGCUGUACCAUAUUUUUGGGCCGUUUCCUUGUUUGACAGCUUGGCACAGCCCAGCCGAAUCUGCCCUCCCAACGCGCACCAUGCCCCCACCGCGCCCAUUCAGCCCAUUGUGAACCGUUUCCGGCUGAUCUCGCUGCUGGACAUGAUAGCUCGGCAGUACUACGAGACCACCAACAGGUUCGAGUUCUUAGAUCGCCUGAAGCAGGGGGCCAAAAAGCUCAGGACCUAUGAAGAUGCAUACGUGGCAGGCCUUGCCGAUGACUCGAAGGACUCCAAGGAAGAGAAGCUUUCCCAAGAACGCCGUGCCUCCCUUCGAGAGCGCCGUGAGUCCACAGAUGAGCACGGUGAGAAGGGUGAGAAGGGGAAGCAUCCGCCCCACGCGAAGGUUUGGAAGUCUGUUGUAGACCGGGACCUAGCCUGCAGGGAGCGGCUCCUUGCAUGCAUGCUGAUUGAGCCUGAAGUGCUCCACGUGGUCCACUGCUACCGCGAUGUGUUCAGUACUCUGUUUCAGUGCUACGCUCCUUCAGGGCACAUGCAAUGGACAGAUUUUUGGCAGUUCUGCGUGGACUUCCGGGUCUCGCCACAGCUGGUCUCCGAGCAGCAGCUCCGCAAGGCAUUUGAGACCACCAGAUGCUUCACACUCCUCCCGCCCCGGCCUUCUUGCCCUGAAGUCUCGAAGCCCAAGCGCCGGGGCACGGAGUCGAAAAGCAGAGCCCGCAAGCACGAGAAGCACGAGAAGCAUGAGAAGCAUGAGAAGCAUGAGAAGCCAGGCAGCGCAAUGAGCGGUGCGAGCCACGCGCCUGCGAAGUCCAAGCAGCUCUCCGCCAGCCCUGACCCAAAUAUCCCUCAUUCUGAGGAGAAGUUCAAGGGCACGGACUCCACCAUAUCAUCCGCAUCCUCGCCGGAGGAGUUGGAAAGCUUGGAGUGCGACACGGCCUUUGAGAUUCCUGCCUUCACGGAGACGCUUUGCAGGAUCGUCUUCUUGUAUCUCGGCUUCUAUGGCAACACUGUCCAGCAGAGCAGCUCCUCCCUCUACAAGAUCUGCUGGCUCAUUGCCUACCUUCGACUCAUGACUGUGCAAAUGCAUGAGAGCCUCGAAGAAAGGGUCGAAAACAUCGAGGCUUCGGAGCUUCGCGGGGCAGUGGCUGUGGUGCAGAAGUUGCCUCUGUCCCGAUGGGACGAGCCUCCGACGGCUCCGAAGGUGACGAUUGGCCAGAGCUGCUCUUUGCAGCCCCACCCUGGGCCGGGCAACAAGAAGGUUUUGAGACGUCGCGGCAAACAGCAGCCGAUGGCGCCCAAACUGCUUCCAGGCAGGUGCACCCGCGAAGCAGCCAUGCAAGUCAACCGGCAGAAGACCCGUAACUCUGUCAAGGAUGCCGUGAGGCAGCUUGGGAAGGCGUCAGUGGUGGUGCGUGCCAUCCACAAUGAGACUAAGGUUCCAGUCAAAAAGCUAGAUAGCUCCAGUGACGAGGAACCGGAAGUGCCUUCCCGUGUCCCAACAGCCGGAACGGUCGGAACACGUACCAGCAGCACCGAGAUCAGGCUAGGAUCGCCUGGGGGGCCAUCCACAAAGAUGCGGCUGGAUCCGGAUGCCUUGACUCUGCAAGUGGCAUCGUCCUUCAAGCCGGUGCCAAGAGAGCCCCCAAGCUCAGCACUUCCAGUUGAGGAUCUUCUGAAGGCCGAGGCCGGCAGGCCUGCAGUGGACAAUGGCCGAUGCCAGCUCUGCGAUCGGUCUUGCCCUCCGGCCUUAGAUGGCAGGUUCGACCGAGACUUGUGCAGCUGGGCAAACCCAGGCUGUCGCGGUUGCUCCAUCGUAGACGCAAUGAAGCUGGAGGACCACUUGUUUGCCAAGCUCAUACUUCCUGAGCAGACUGUUGCUAGCAAUAUCAAGGUAUGGCGGCCCAAGGCAAAGCCUCUUGUGGGAAGCCGCCUUCGUCCGACUUUCGUCUCUGACCUGGAGCCCUUGGAGCCCCCUGCCUCACCCUUGCAAUUCCAAUUUGUCUCGCAAUCGCUGGCGCUUUUGCACUAG